UGAUUGAUGAUUACAAGAGUGUGGUUUUUCUCGGGACAAGCUAACGUCGUAGCGUGAUUACGGUGUAAAAUGCUCGGAUAACGCUUUUCCUUUUGCGAGUAACUCUCUGCAAAAAUGGAAACUUUGUAAGUGAGCUAUAUGUGGCGAACUUUUCGUUUUAAAAGAUGGUUGUCAUGAUUUCACGUUUUUCCGAAAUCAGCUGCAUUUCGGCGCAAUACUCAAUGAGAGACAAUUCUACAAUAUUUAUACUACAGCGAUGGAUCCCCAGAUCAACAGACUCUUGCUAAGCGCAGAACAGGGGAACUUAGGAGUAGUUUCAGCACUUUUGGAGAAAAGUAUUCACGUUGAUUCGGCUGACGAUGAAGGAGUAAAUGCGCUUCACACCGCUUCGGCGAACGGGGAUGAAAAAGUUGUGCGUUUGUUGUUGUCACGAGGCGCAAGUUUGGAAGCGAGAACUAUUUAUGGUUGGACGGCUCUCAUGCUAGCCGCUUAUUACGGACAUUACAUGGUCUGUUGGAUUUUAAUUCAAAACAAAUCGGACUUAUAUGCUAGAAAUGAGCUAGGUUCGACGGCUUUGGACUGUGCUGUUCGAAGUGGUCACGUACAAAUCGCUGGUUUGUUGAUCGAAGCAGGCCAGGUAAAUGGGCAGGUUGAGGGACCUCAGCUAUGUCUUGAUACACCUCUGAUGAACGCAGCUCAACACGGUCAUGAGGCGUGUCUAAAAUUGCUUCUUGAAAAGGGGGCAAACGCAAAUUGUAGACAAGAAACAACAGGUUGGACGGCGCUGAUGUUGGCUGCUUUGAAUGGACACAUGACCGCAGCAGAAAUCUUGGUGGAAUUCGGCGCAAACCCAAAUGCGGUCAAUGAUCUCGACCAAACUGCUCUUGAAAUCGCUGCACUUCGCCAAAAGACCGAAGUACAAGGAUACUUGGACGAAAUCACUUCCAAGAGACCGCAAAUUAAAGGUCAAAAGUUUGUGAAACCAAGUAUUAUUGAAGCAGCCAGGAAUGGUAAUUUUGCAUCUGUCAGAGAUUUAUUGGAGGAAGGCGAAGUUGAUGUAAAUGCAACAGAUGAUGAUGGUGCCACUCCCCUGAUGUAUGCUGCAAUGGGUGGACACUUUCCAUCUGUUCAGUUACUGAUACAAAAUGGGGCUGAUAUUGACAAGCAAGACAAGGCUAGUGGAUGGACAGCAUUGAUGCAAGCAACUUACUAUGGGCAUAAAGCUGUUGCUAAGCUAUUGAUUGAUGCUGGAGCCAAUGUGAAUAUUCAGGAGAAAAAUGGUUGCACUGCUUUUGACAUGGCUACUGUCAUAGGUGAUACAGAAAUCUUGCGUCUAUUAGCUUCUGUGAGCAUGCAUGUUCCUGCUACCCCAAAACGUUAUUACAGCUCAUCAAAUUUGUAUGGGAGGAAAGGGAAGGGUGAAGGAAAGGGGCCUGUCUGUGAAAUGAACAAAGACAUGGCUAAUGUGGACAGUGACUUCAUUACAGACACUGGAAGGAAGAACUGGUGGUCUAAAAUGUCAAGUAGAUUUCGGCACCUGAACAUCAAGCGCACUCUUAAAGUGUCAUCAUCAGGCAGCAAGCUGCGCAUAUCACCAGCAUCAAAUAGUAUGGAGAGCCUGUUUGAUAGUGACUCUGGUCAGGGGUCCUCAUUCAGUCAUGUUAGUGAUAGUUCUGCAAUUACAUUGAAGUCACUGGAUUCAGUUAUUACAGAAUCUGGGCUAAAAGGCACGACACAGCUUAAUUUGAAAAGACCUCCCACACUGGCACUUGUGUCUCACAGCAACAAACUGCCAGAUGACGUCAUUGGUCCUGUUUUGCCUCCAAUUCUUCCUUCCCCCUCAUUUGAAUUGCCUAGAAUACAACGGCAGCAGCACAGUAACAGUUUGGAUGAUCCAUCUUUACCUGAAAGGCCUGUACCCAGUCUUUGUAUUAAUGGUGAAUGUAUUCCAGACGCUCAUGAAAAGUAUUUUGAAGAUGAUCUGGAUAACAUUAGUAGUGUCAGUGCAUAUCCAGCUUACAGGUCACUUAUGUCUCCAACAUUGGCGAAAAGUAAGAACUUUACUGGAAGUCCAGAAUCCUCAUAUUCCACAGCAAGCUUCUACUCAUCAAUGUCCAACAACUCAGGAUCAAGGACAUUAAAGGCGUGUAGUCCUGCCAUUGAUUUGUCGUUUAACCCCAUGUCUGCCAUGUCAUCAUCACUUUGGCACAAGGCAGGGAGAGGAACUGCAGCCAGUCCAACCCCAACAGUCAUGACAGUCAGAUCAGCCCCAGUGGAGGGAACAUCUUUACGUAAAGAAUUAAGUUAUUCUUCUCUACAAGGCCACGCUGAUGAUACAAGCAGAUCAUUUUCAUCUUAUUCAAGAGAUCAUUACCCUUAUAGACAUACAUUCAACCAUAGUGAAGGUGAUGUAGAAAAUUUGCUAAAUAAAUUAUCAUUGGAGAAGUACCAACCAAUUUUUGAGGAACAAGAGGUGGACAUGGAGUCCUUUCUAACCUUAAGCGAUGGAGAUCUUAGUGAACUUGGAGUUACGCGGAAAGAUGCCAGACAACAAAUCCUUACAGCCAUUGCUGAAAUUAAAAGUAGCAAGGAUCGCGAGAGGCAACAUUUACAUGAAACUUUGUCCAGUUUCCAGGGGAGCAAAUCACAUGGUACUAGUGGUUAUAGCUCUGUCUCUCCUUCAGCUAGUGGAAAUCUUUCAAAUUGGCCUUUGAAGCAGCCACCUUAGUCACAGAUGGACAUGUAAAUUAAAUAGAGGAUGGUACAUGGAAGUGUGUGGAUACAAAUUUUAUCUUGUGUUUUUAUAAUAUCUCUCACAAGUGAGUAAAUGACAGGCUUGAGAGAUAUUUGUGACUCAAUAUAAUAAAUUCAUAUCCAUAAGUGCACAUGUAAAUAAAUGUUUGUUAUGUAGAUAUAAUUAACAUACUUAAAUCAAACUCCAUUUUAAAACACGUUUUUAGACCACUUAAUACAGAGAUAAUCUACAGGUAAACUGAGCACGAAGAACAGCUGGUCAACCUCUGGCAUUAAAUAGAUUAUGCUCUCACUACAAGAAAUUGUUUUAAAAAAAAAAGUAAAAUAAUUGGAAGUGGAAUUUUUAGCUAGACUUUUCCAUUCUAUCAUUGGAAUUCUAUUGUUUAGCUAAAAUAAGAAUUGCAAGUGAAUGAGAACAACAACAACAACAAAUUUUCACCUCAAGUAUUGAAGGACAGCUUCACAUUUAUGAGUCUGAGAGGAAUUUUAAAGUCAUGCAAGGUACAAAUAAAUUCAAUUCCCUUUUCAUGCACAUAGUUUAAACAGUCACGAACAUGGUAACACCUUUGUCUAAAAAUUAAAAGGUGGCACUCAUGCUUAUUUACUGAUUUAGUUGAGUCAGAUGUCAGUAUUCAGGUUUCAGAAAUCUGCGUAAUUUUUUCUACAUUUCAUCAAUGUGCUGAAUUUUUUUCAUUGCUGUAUGACCUUAUCAGUCAAUUAGCUUAUAUUAUUAAAUUGUACAUAGAACAAUAUUUUAAAAUGAAUUGAGCAUUAAGGGCUGUGCCCUUUUGCAGCAGGCUGUAUUUGCAAGCAAACUUUUAAAUUAAUAAUAUUAUCACAUGAAUUAUAUUAUUUUAAAAGAAGAGGUAUUGUACCUUCUAAAUAUCUGUAUUUAUUGGCAGUCAUGUACUGUUAAUUUCUGAAUUAAUAAUUAAUGAAACAAAAUGGUUCAGUUAGCUAUACUGUUCUUUACUGCUCUUUACCCUGCAAUCAUGAUAAGACAUGUUCAAGACCAACCCUUUUGGCCCUCUUACCCUCACAAGUUAGGAAGACAAAAUCUAAAGCAAAUUUUAAAAAUGACAUGCCAAAAUACUUAAGUUAGUGAAAGUGACUGGUCAGGAAAUGAACAGAUAUCUUUUUUGGGUGUUCUAGUUGGGUUUUUAGGGCUCGAUCAUGCCAACAUUCAAUAGUAAUGCGAUCAUUGUUAACUGACUAAGCCAUUAAUGUGCAACCACAAAAAGAAGACUGCUGUGAUCAGGCAGCUACCAAAGUAAACUGGAGCAAUGUUGUUUUCCUAGCUAUUCAUCCCCUCUAACUAUGAAGUGGGUGAGGAAGGGUGGUCCUGGAUUGUAAAUCAUGCUGCAACAUUUUCUCACAGAUUCUAGCCAGACUAUUCAUCCAUUAGAUUAUAAGCUUGAGAAUUCUAUUGCAUGAGAGUUGACAAAGGCAAAGUCUAAAUCAGCUGUUAUGCAUAGAAAUCAGGACUGGAUGUUAUAUACUUGCUUUAAUAUAAAUCUACCAGACAUUCAAAACUUAACAAGAUGACUAGCUCACGUUUUUAUCUAUCUUUGUUUACAACUGUACUCUAUUAGGCUACCUCUUGUACUCAUUAUCUACCAUAUGAUAGAUAGCCAGUAGUGUAGCCAAUCAGAAGGCAGCAUUUAUGAUAAAAUGCCAACAGAAUUACCCAUUUGGGGUUCAGUCACACAGUCAAAUCUUCUGUUUGUUGUGCUAGUUUAUGUAGAAAUUUCGGACAACGGUGGCUGAUUGUAUCCACUGUAAAUCCAAACUGUAUGUCUGAUGCACUUUGCAACAGUUUAUACUUAAUUAUGGUUGAGUUGAAAGUUCCUGUUCUAGCGUUAAGUAUAAUGUAUUAGUUUGAGUUUUAAAGGCAGAAUAUGAUAUUCUGAUUGGUUGGAGAUGAAUGUUUUGCAGAUACAAGCAGGGGAGACAGCAACCUUCCCCUGUUUUUUUUUUUUUUUUCAAUAGGCUCUCACAUUACAGAACAAGUUAAUUGCACCAGUGAGAGUGUUCUCAGAUGCUCUUUGGGCCUCUUUACAUGAUCCUGCAGUUUUUGUAAGCCUGGGUUACACCACCAUGAUAGAAUGAAGAAAUGUAAAAUGGUUUCCGUGUUUACAUAGCCUGAUGUAAACACGCGGGAAGUUGGGAGAACAUGAGAUAAGCAUAGGAAACCACGAUGCGAAGCUUAAAUAACUAAUGAAAGAGGAACGAAAAUCGUGUUUACAUACGCACAUGUAAAAUGGUUUUAUGACCAAUCAGAGCACAUGUACUAUUUGAAUUAUUUUAUAAAAAUCUUUCGCUGUCAAAUGGUUGAAAGUGAUUGCAUGCUAAGGUUCAAGUUAUGGUGGGAUUGUGUGAAGAGGCCCUAAAACUUCAUUAAUAAGACAUUAUUUUGGUAAGGACCAAUGCACUACAUUUGAAGUCAUGCUGUAUAUUUAGGCUUUGCUUCUGAGCUGGCUUGUAUAGGUCAAAAUGAACACAUUCAUUUUUUUGUGCAUACAGCUUUAAGUAACUUUGCUAUAGUACAUAGGCCAUGAAUUAACACAAUGUGCACUGUAAUUUUCUCAGAGAAAUAAUUUUUUUACAUUACAUUUAUCAUAAACACACAUUUUACCUGUUCUAAUAAGAAUAGGUCAAGUCCACAGCCAUUUAAUAUUAUAAAACUGAUGAAGGAUGACACAGGAUGAAGAAUAAUUAAUAUUUAUUACAAGAAAUAUUAAACUACAUCACUUUGAUACAAAAUGUUCUAAUUAUGAGGCAGGCAAAAUAAAUGUCCACCUUAAUUUGACCAAGGCUGUUAAUAAAAACUUGUUGGUUUUGUCUUG